AUGAAUAAUGCACAGCAGAAGCGUCGUGAGGCAUUUGAGUCACCAGCCAGUACGAUCGCUAAUAUCCCCGCUCAUGUGUCUAUUGAGAUUCUAGGGAAUGGAUCAUGUCAUUUACGUCAGUGCGUCGCGAUUCGGACUCCGUUGAAAACGUACCUAUUCAAUUGUCCAGAGGGCGCUUCACGAUUUCUUCCGCAACUGCGCAUGAAGUCACUCAAU